AUGGAGGACAAAGAGCAGCUGAUAUCGGAGCUGUCUCUCGAAGCAUCAGAAGAAAAGUUAAAGCAGCAACCUGCUGCCAAAGUUCCCUGGUACUUUGCCAAUGGCUUUCUGCUCUUCUGGGGGCUUUUGUUCUUUGCUGUAGUCAUACCGCUGUUCUAUCGUCUGCCCACUGCUAAUACUAUGGAAGAUGCCAAGAAAAAUGUUUUCAUAGCUGAGCGUGCCUAUGCCAAUUUAUAUACCUUAUCUAAUUUGGGCAAUAAGAUGGUUGGCAGCAAGAUAAACGAAGUAGAUGCUGUGAAUUUUCUGCUUAAAGAGUUGGAGCUCAUUAAGGCAAACUCGUUAAAGGAUUAUUUUGAUAUUGAAAUUGAUUUAUCAAAAGCCACCGGUUCUUUUCCAUACAAAACUUCCGCAAGUUAUUAUCAAGGUGUACAGAACAUUGCUGUCAAGUUCAGUUUCAAGAAUAGCACAAGCGAUUCUUAUCUACUCGUGAAUACACACUUUGAUUCUAAGCCGGCUACACCUUCGGCGGGAGAUGCUGGCUUUAUGGUUGCGGUUAUGCUGGAGGUACUGCGAGUGAUGUCAACUACCAGACAAGGAUUUGAGCAUCCCAUUGUAUUCCUGUUCAAUGGUGCAGAGGAGAUUGCCAUGCAAGCUGCUCAUGGCUUCAUAACACAACAUAAAUGGGCUAAAAACUGCAAAGCGUUAGUUAAUGUUGAAGGUGGUGGCAGUGGAGGACGUGAGGUCCUUUUCCAAACUGGUCCUAAUCAUCCUUGGCUUGUUAAGUACUACAAGCAAAAUGCGAAGCAUCCUUUUGCUACAACUUUAGCUGAGGAACUAUUUCAAACUGGCAUUAUACCAUCCGACUCAGACUUUACCAUAUUUAAGAAGUAUAUGCCUGGUUUGGAUAUGACGCAGAUUAUAAAUGGUUAUGUUUAUCAUACCAAAUAUGAUGUUAUUGAUAUUAUACCGCGAGAAUCUUUUCAAAACAGUGGUGAUAAUAUUUUGAACAUUGUGCGUGGCUUGUCAAAUGCUACUGAGCUUCGUGAUAUAGGGGCACACAAAGGAGAGCAUUCAAUAUUUUUUGAUGUCUUGGGACUCUAUUUUAUCCAUUAUUCAGUUGCUAACGCCACAAAUUUGAAUUUUGCUGUCGCUGUUGCUACUUUUCUGCUGGUCUUUGUUUCUAUGUGGCGCAUGGCUGCCAAGUCUGAAGUUUCUACUUCCUACGUGGCACGUUGGUUUAUCCUUCUGCUGGUGCUGCAGCUCGUCAGCUUUGUGCUGGGUCUAGCAUUCCCUGUAGUUGUGGCUUAUGUCUUUGACAUGUUUGGUUUGUCUUUGACUUACUUUAGCACUCCUUGGCUUUUGAUUUGCUUAUACGUUUGCCCUUCAUUGCUUGGACUUUGCCUGCCGAUCACCAUCUACUUUUAUUUCCAACGUGGUGGAAAGAUCAACUGUGCUUAUCAUUUACAACUGUCUCUACAUGCUCAAGCUAUCAUCGUGGCUCUACUGAUGGGAGGCUUAACUUACUUGCGCUUCCGUUCCGCUUACGCCUUAAUGAUUCCGCUUUUGUUCUAUAUUUUGGCACUAGCCUUUAAUCUGCUUACUACUUUGCAUGACCGGGGCUAUGCUUGGUCCGGUGUGUUGAAGUUUAUUCAGAUCAUACCUUUUCUAUAUAGCAGCUAUCUUAUUUACACGUUUGUUGCUGUGUUGUUGCCAAUGCAAGGUCGCUUUUUUAACGAAUCGAAUCCAGAUUUGCUGAUUGCUGGCUUGGUAGCUGUAGGCACUGUGCUUUCGUUGGGUUUUGUGAUACCUUUGAUCAACACUUUCCGUCGUCCAAGUACAGUUAUCCUUACCCUGUUUGCCAUCAGCGCUGUGGGAAUGUAUUUGGCCAGCAGCACUCAAAUUGGUUUUCCCUACCGCCCUAAGACAAGUGGACAACGUGUAUCCUACUUGCAAGUACGCAAUAAGUUCUACGAAUACGAUGGAACACUCAGCAAAGAUGAGUCUGGAUAUUUGUUCAAUUUGCUAGAUCGACGUGGUGAGCGUCCCUGGAUGGGUACUAGAGUAAACCUUACUGGGUUGCAAAGCAUGAAAACUAGGUGUAAUGAGCAUAUGAUGUGUGGUAUGCCAUUAUUUGAUUAUAGAUAUAUUACACAUCAAGAGGCUUGUAAAUUUUUGCCUCGUGACAAGCCCAUUGAACCCCCGGGCGAAGUCACAUUGACGCUACUGAACAAGACGCUAACUACGGCUACCACAAUGCGAUACUAUUUCAAUCUAACGGGUCCACAUCAAAUGAGCAUAUUUGUGAAGCCCUAUGAGGAUGUCCGAUUGAGCAACUGGUCUUUUUCGCUGGACUAUUUGGAGAAACCACCAGCAAAGGGCUAUCAUGUUUGGAUUAAUGUGGGCAUUGUUGACCCCACAGUGAUAUUCUACUUGGAUAUAACGAAGUCUAAUGGUGACUUUAAUGUGCCUUGCUAUGAAUUCGGCGCCUCUGGACAUUGGAUUCAGAACGAAGGCGAUGAACUAAGUCAAAAGUUUGCUGCUUCAUUCCCAUCAUAUUCUAUAUUGGCUCAAUGGCCGUCCUUCUAUCAACGUUAUAUAUUCUAG